CCAGCCGUUUGCGGGAAAAUAUCCGAUUCCGGUUUUAAAACAAUAAUAAGAUUCUGGAAGAUUAAAAAAAUAAACUUCAUAAAGCCAUCAGCAAGUAAUAGGAAGGAAGAUACGCCGGAAGACCUAAUGGAACUUAAAAUGUUCAGCAUCUUAAAAUAACAAGUUGGACUGAGGAAAUGUGUCUCAGGCAGUAAGAACUUAAAGGAGUUUCCAGAUUGUUUGAACUUCUCUGGCCGCACAAUACAGGAAGGAAGGCUGCAGCAGCCCAGGGACCUCCAGCGUCUGCAGCAUGGGCUGGUUCGCUGGGAUUGCCUGUCUUUUCUGGGGUGUAUUACUUACAGCAAGAGCAAACUAUGCAAACGGGAAGAACAAUGUGCCAAGACUGAAAUUAUCGUACAAAGAAAUGAUGGACUCCAACAAUGUGAUCACUUUCAAUGGCUUGGCCAACAGCUCCAGUUAUCACACUUUUCUUUUGGACGAGGAGCGGAGUAGGCUGUAUGUUGGAGCGAAGGAUCAUAUAUUUUCAUUCAACUUGGUGAAUAUUAAAGAUUUUCAAAAGAUCGUGUGGCCAGUGUCUUAUACCAGAAGAGAUGAAUGCAAAUGGGCUGGCAAAGAUAUACAGAAAGAAUGUGCUAAUUUCAUCAAGGUCCUGAAGGCUUAUAAUCAUACUCACUUGUAUGCCUGCGGAACUGGGGCCUUUCAUCCAAUUUGCACCUAUAUAGAAGUUGGACAUCAUCCUGAGGACAACAUUUUUAAGCUACAGGACUCCCAUUUUGAAAACGGUCGUGGAAAGAGUCCUUAUGACCCCAAACUACUGACAGCCUCUCUCCUAAUAGACGGGGAGCUAUACUCUGGAACCGCCGCCGACUUCAUGGGCCGGGACUUCGCUAUCUUCCGGACGCUGGGGCACCACCACCCGAUCAGGACGGAGCAGCAUGACUCCCGCUGGCUCAACGAUCCUAGAUUCAUCAGUGCUCAUCUCAUCCCAGAGAGUGACAACCCUGAAGAUGAUAAAGUGUACUUUUUCUUCCGAGAAAAUGCAAUAGAUGGAGAACAUUCUGGAAAAGCCACUCAUGCUAGAAUUGGUCAGAUAUGCAAGAAUGACUUUGGCGGACACAGAAGUCUUGUGAAUAAAUGGACGACAUUCCUGAAGGCUCGCCUAAUUUGCUCUGUGCCAGGUCCCAAUGGCAUUGACACCCAUUUCGAUGAAUUGCAGGAUGUAUUCUUAAUGAACUCUAAAGAUCCUAAAAAUCCGGUUGUCUACGGAGUGUUUACAACAUCGAGCAACAUCUUCAAGGGCUCUGCGGUGUGUAUGUACAGCAUGAGUGAUGUAAGGAGAGUGUUCCUUGGCCCAUAUGCUCACAGAGACGGCCCCAACUAUCAGUGGGUGCCAUAUCAAGGAAGAGUCCCGUAUCCACGGCCAGGAACUUGUCCGAGUAAAACAUUUGGUGGCUUUGACUCCACAAAGGACCUUCCUGAUGAUGUCAUAACCUUUGCCAGAAGUCAUCCAGCCAUGUACAACCCAGUAUUCCCUAUUAAUAACCGCCCAAUCAUGAUCAAAACGGAUGUAAAUUAUCAGUUCACGCAAAUCGUUGUAGACCGAGUGGAUGCAGAAGACGGCCAGUAUGAUGUCAUGUUCAUCGGGACAGAUGUUGGGACUGUCCUUAAGGUGGUCUCAGUCCCCAAGGAGACGUGGCAUGACUUAGAAGAAGUUCUUCUGGAAGAAAUGACAGUCUUCAGGGAACCCACAACUAUAUCGGCAAUGGAGCUUUCUACGAAACAGCAACAGCUCUACAUCGGCUCAGCUGCUGGGGUCGUCCAGCUUCCUCUGCAUCGCUGUGACAUUUAUGGCAAAGCCUGUGCCGAAUGCUGCCUAGCCCGGGACCCUUACUGUGCCUGGGAUGGGUCAUCAUGCUCCCGCUACUUUCCCACUGCCAAAAGACGCACAAGACGACAAGACAUAAGAAAUGGAGACCCGCUAACCCACUGCUCAGACUUACAACACCAUGAUAAUCACCAUGGGCACAGCCUUGAGCAGAGAAUCAUCUAUGGAGUAGAGAAUAGUAGCACGUUCUUGGAAUGCAGUCCAAAGUCACAGAGAGCCUUGGUAUACUGGCAAUUUCAGAGGCGAAAUGACGAUCGGAAGGAGGAGAUCAGAGUGGGUGACCACAUCAUCAGGACAGAACAAGGGCUCCUGCUUCGCAGUCUGCAAAAGAAGGACUCGGGCAACUACCUGUGUCACGCCGUGGAGCACGGAUUCAUGCAAACUCUGCUGAAGGUGACCCUGGAAGUCAUCGACACGGACCAUUUGGAAGAACUUCUUCAUAAAGAUGACGACGGCGAGGGCUCUAAGACCAAAGAAAUGUCGAGCAGCCUGACGCCCAGCCAGAAGGUCUGGUACAGAGACUUCAUGCAGCUCAUCAACCACCCGAACCUGAACACGAUGGACGAGUUCUGUGAACAAGUGUGGAAAAGGGACCGAAAGCAGCGCCGGCAGAGGCCAGGGCACCCUCAAGGGAGCAGCAACAAGUGGAAGCACAUGCAGGAGAGUAAGAAGGGUAGAAACAGGAGGACCCACGAGUUUGAGAGGGCACCCAGAAGUGUCUGAGCGGCACCACCUCCCAAAACUUCCAACAAGUGCAAACUUGCUUAGACAAUAACUGGAAAAAAUGCAAUACACGAUGGACAUGUCCAAGGCACUAUGUUUACAGUGGUGGGAAAUUCAACUGGGAUCCACCAAUUGCAAUCCAGGCCGUGGGGAACUUCCCCAGCAGGCUUUCUUCGGAGUACCGAGGCCUGACAGAGAUCGCAGGUGAGCAGAGAUGCUCACAUCAGCCGACCUAGUAUUUCCUCCAAGAGUUCAUUUUGCUUUCUUCUUUGCCUGAGAAAUAUAAAAAAUGUCACUUGCCAUAUUGCCAUUGAGGGUAGAAAAACUGUUAUCAGCAAAGCCAUGUUGUUGAAGCGGGCGUUGAAAAUAAACUGCAUGGAUUUAGUAAGCAGAUGAAUAUUCCAAAACGUGAUUGGAAUCCAGGAUGUUUCGUCUCCCGGCACUCGCGUUUGUGUGUACGGGAGGAGUGAGAUAAGGAGAAUGGGACGGAGUGAAAAAGCGUGUGGAAAUGUACAAACAUAAACCAGCCAUCAUCCGGAAGAAGAAUGGAAUACACUGAUCUACUACUGAUGUCUUCUUUCAGCUUUGAUCUAAAGAUGUAUUUUAUUAAAACUAUAAUUUAAAUGUACCAUGACAAAUAUGCAGUAAAAAGGAGCUGUUUUCUAAGCUAGAGUAGGUUUUUGUCUUACACUUAUUGUGCUGUGUAAUUUGUUUAAAACUUUCAACUACAGGCUGCUCUUUUUCACACUUUGUUUUCAGUUCUGAAGGGGUUAGUGUAUUACUUUAGAUACCAACUCUUGCCGUUAACUGUUAAUUAUUGAAACCAAGAUAUGAUUUGUGAUUUUUCCCUUUGAGGAAAGCAAACAGAUAGAAGGUUUCCCCACCAUCCCCACUUUUAAGGUAUUAUCUAAGUUAACCGUGAGUUGCAUAAAGUUCUUAGCCAACUGAAAAAUUAAGACAGCACAGAAGGAAAGAAGACAUUCAUUAGACACAUUGCGAAGGAUCACAGAAAAAAGAGAACUGUGUGUAUCUCAUGGAAAUCACAUUGUCCGAUCAUAGUGUUAAUAAAAUGUCUCUUCAUUCUUUGCUUGAAUAUUUGCAUGCUAUGUGAGACAUAGGACUCUCCCAUGAUUCCACAUUCCACCAGGGAUUCUAUUAUUUUAUCUUUUAAUGACUUUUAGAGAGAAAGAAAGAGAUCAAUGACAUUUAGAACACCUUAAUGACGCUUCCCAACCAUUUCUUUCUUAAUCAACUACAUUUCUUUUUACCAUUUAUAGUACAAUUAUUCGUAUGAAGAACAUAUGUGUUUUCAUCUCAAUGAGAAUGAAUUUAUAAACUAUUUCCAGAACACACACUUCACUUAGACAGUGCAAAACUCCUUGUUUUGUUAAUAAGGAAUAAGGAAUACAAAAUACUUCAGAAUUGCUCCCUUGGUUAGCUGAAGACGGUUUCUAGAGAAUCGUUGAGUUCAAACUGCAUAAAACUUUCUGCAUUCUAGAAUAGCUCAUUGGCACUCCAUUCUUCACUUCAGGACUCCCUCCUCAGAUCCUUACACAUACAUAGAAUACAAAUUAAACAUCUUCCUGCUAAUUAAUGAAGUGGCGUUGAUAUUUUAAUUCUAGUUGUCUCAGGAUUCUAAUUAACUAAGCAUUAAUUUCUCACCUCAACUGCAGUAAACAGUUGUUCCCUCUCCACUGAACUAUUUCACAGAUGGAAGCUCAUGUUUCAGUUUUAAUGACUAUUUAAAUAAACAAUUUGUUGACACGUCUUUCAAAUAAAAAGCUCCAAAACAUUCUACAUCUGAUUUUAGGCUCUUUGACUAACAUAGUGUUGCUUUUGGAAGAACAGCCUCAAAGGCAAACUGAGUUAAUAAAUUCCUUGAAGAUCACACUUUUUAAAGGAGAAUCGUGUCAGAAAUAGUAAGUCAAAGAAAGCAGGGUGUUCCAUAUAAGCCAUAGGGUUUUAUCUAUUCGAACAAUUGAUGUUAUGUUCCAUUCUAAAUUUGCAACUGAAACAAGUUUGUUUGUGAUUACUAAGUCUCUCGUUUAUUUCUAGUUCUUAACAAUAAAAGAAGGAAUAAAGAUUAUAUGGUAAUUUCA